AUGAUGCUAUUGAUGGUGACCCUCAUUGCUCUUACGCUCGAUGCCGCCACGCGUAUCGUUUACGAAUCCGAUCCUAUCAGACUGGAAGUGCCCGAAAGGCUGGCUAUGAACAUGCACCAUUUAGCCUACCUCGAGGGCAACCCGGAGCAGCCGUACGGCAUCCACCUUCAACUUCAGAGUCAAGCGUUUUAUCGCAUGAUGAUCCAGCACUACUACGAGUACAAACUUGGCCCAGUCAACAGAGCUCUUAAAGAGGGUAAGCGUCAGAUUCUGUUGCUCCCAAUAAUACAAGGAAGGCUACCCGACCACCUGUAUGAUAUUGAGGCGGCUUUUCGGACGUACGAUCAGCUCGUCUCCGACUUCUGGGAGCGCCAUGCUCUGCUGUUCUUUGAAGGUCUGUACAAGCGCAAACCUGUGAACCCGAACGAAGCAAACCACUUCAGAGAUCUCCGAUCCACCUUCUCUCAGCUGCCAUCGGACCGUAAAUCUGUUUUCGCCAAUACGAUCCGAAGAAAAGACGAGACGUACGAUCAUCACUUUAGUGCUGUCGCGCUGUCUUUCAAGCCAAGCGCCCUUGACCAAAUGCAGAGGGUACAGAACGGCGACACCGACUUUGAGAGGAAGAUCAGCAAUCCCCUUGCAUCGAGCUCGGGAAGCGGCGCUUCCUCCGCUUGA